CGCGGUGUCCCGGACAUGUCGCCCGACUACCUGUCGGCGGAGGGCGAGCGGCGCUGCCGGCAGCUGCUGGCGGGGGCCACGGCCCGGCUCCGCGCGCGGCCCGCGUCAGCCGCGGUGCUCGUGCCGCUCUGUUCCGUGCGCGGGGUCCCAGCGCUGCUCUACACGCUGCGGUCCAGCCGCCUGGCCGGGAGACACAAGGGGGACGUAAGUUUCCCAGGCGGCAAGUGUGAGGCGGCUGACCCGGAUGUGGUGCACACAGCCCUGCGGGAGACCCGGGAGGAGCUGGGCCUGGCCGUGCCUGAGGAGCAGGUGUGGGGCACGCUGAGGCCUGUGUAUGACACGCAAAAGGCCACCGUGGUGCCAGUGAUUGCUGGUGUGGGCCCACUGGAUCUCCGGAGCCUCAGGCCCAACCCUGAGGAGGUGGAUGAGGUGUUUGUGCUGCCGGUGGCCCACCUGCUGCAGACGCAGAAUCAGGGCUACACUCACUUCUGCCGGGGCGGCCAGUUCAGCUACACUCUCCCUGUCUUCCUGCAUGGACCACACCGGGUCUGGGGGCUCACGGCUGUCAUCACCGAGCUCGCCCUGCAGCUGCUGGCACCUGGCACCUACCAGCCCCGCACGGCCAUCCCCGAACUGCGCAGGAGCUGAGGGCUGCCCCUAAGCAGCCCAGUCUCUGCCUCCACCCUGCUGGGCCAGCUCCACUCUAAGAUUGAAUAAAGGCCUGCGCUCUCGUGC